GGGUCUGAUGCUCCGGUGUAUGAGGGUCUGAUGCUCCGGUGUAUGAGGGUCUGAUGCCCCGUUGGGUGGGGGUGUGAGGGCUGGGUGUGCAGUUCGGCAGCUCGGGAGGAGGUGGCAGAGAAGGAGAAGCCCGGAGCCCGGAGCGGAGGAGGCGGCAGAGCACAGUGCGGAGAGGAGGCAGCGGCCGCACCAUGAGCUCCGCACAAGCCAAGGAUUACCUGCAGGAGCAGCACAUCCCCCGGCUAUUCGAGAGUUUGCUGACAGGCCUCAUGUACUACCGUCCAGAGGACCCCAUCAAUUACCUAGAACUGUGUCUGCAAAGGGUCCGGAAUUUAGGGGGACCCGAGAAGGUGCAGUGGGACACAUUUCUGGGUCAGAAUCUGCCUCCUAUUUAUGGAAAUCAGGGAAAGAAAUGUAAACAAAAGUCAGAGGGGACACAUACACAUCGCUAUGAGCGUCUGCCUCCCACCCAGUCCCAGUUUUCAAUUGACAGCGACUCAGAUAUGACAGAAUCUUCAGGGCUUAUUCAAGAAUAUGACGUCUUUGACCCCAAUAGACCUCGUCCCAAAGUCAUCUUUGUCAUUGGUGGUCCGGGCAGCGGUAAAGGGACUCAGAGCACAAAGAUGGCCUCCCAUUUUGGUUUUAUCUGUAUUUCCGUCGGAGAGAUAUUACGCAAACAGCUGAUCCAUCACGCCACCAGCGAUCGCAAGUGGGAAUUGAUUGCUCAGAUUAUCUCUAAAGGGGAACUCGCUCCACCGGAAACCACAAUUGAAGAGCUGAAACAGCAAUUUAUUAACCAUCAGGACGCCACCGGCUUUGUUGUAGAUGGGUUUCCCAGGGACAUCGGACAGGCGUUCACUUUCGAGGAGCAGAUUGGUACUCCAGACCUGGUGAUCUUCUUGGCGUGUUCAAGCCAGCGUCUACGGCAGCGAUUGGAAAGACGUUCAGCACAACAGGGGCGUCCGGAUGAUAAUGCCCAUGCCAUUGAUCGAAGAGUAGAGACAUUCAAACAAAAUCUUCCUCUGAUUGUCAAGUAUUACCAAGACAAAGGACUCAUAGCCAGAUUUGAUGCGGACAGAGAAGAGAACUGUAUCUUUGAGGACAUCUGCUGUGCGGUACAAGGUCUUCUCUUCCCUGAUGGUUUGGGAGUGAAAGAAUUCUGUCCACAGAACCUUUGUGCCGCGCUUUCUGAUGACCCUGCACAACCCAGGGAGAUGGAAGGUAAAGAGCAGAUAGAGGUCACCGAGAGCCCCGAUCCUACAAAAAUGGCAGAGAAAUUAAAGAACAGUAAGAUCAUCUUCGUGGUCGGAGGUCCAGGUUCCGGCAAGGGGACCCAGUGUGAGAGGAUCGUCCAAAAAUAUGGCUACACCCAUCUGUCCACUGGAGACCUACUGAGGGCUGAAGUGUCCUCAGGAACAGAGAGAGGGAAGACCCUGUCCGCCAUCAUGGAGAGGGGAGAGCUUGUGCCUUUGGACACAGUGCUGGACAUGUUGAGAGACGCCAUGAUCGCCAAGGCUGACGUCUCCAAAGGAUUCCUCAUAGACGGGUACCCACGCGAGGUCAAGCAGGGGGAAGAGUUUGAGAAGAAGAUCGCUGCCCCCUCACUGUUGCUGUACAUCGAUGCCGGCUCCGACACAAUGGUGAAACGGUUAUUGAAACGCGGCGAGACCAGCGGCCGGGCUGACGAUAAUGAAGAAACUAUCAAGAAGAGACUGGAGACUUACUACAAGGCCACAGAACCUGUCAUUGCACUGUAUGAAGGCAGAGGCAUUGUGAGAAAGAUCAACGCCGAAGGAUCAGUAGACGACGUCUUCAAACAAGUCAGCGAAUCCCUUGAUGCCCUUAAAUAAACAGUGAAGCUGAACAAAAAAAAAAAAACACAAAAA